GCGUCACGUGCCAGGGGGCGGGUCGCGCAAGGCCGGAAGCGGAAGCGGCUCGCCCGGGCGUCUCGGGGCUGGCGUCCCGGCAUGGGCUCCAAGGCCAAGAAGCGCGUGGUGCUGCCCACGCGCCCGGCGCCGCCCACGGUGGAGCAGAUCCUGGAGGACGUGCGCGGGGCGCCGGCCCACGACCCUGUCUUCACCGCGCUGGCCCCGGAAGACCCCCCAGGAGACCCCGGGAGUGAGGCCCCCGAGGCCCAGCGGGAGCGGCUGUACCAGCAGAGCCGGGCCUACGUGGCCGCCAACGCGCGGCUGCAGCGGGCGGGCGAGGGGCUAAGGCAGCAGUGCCAGGGCCUGCGGCGAGCCGGUGCCGAGCUGGAGCUGGACGUGGGCCACGUGACGCGCGCGGCGCUGCCCGGCGCCUCGGGCUGACCUGGGC